UCCAGCUGUAGACCAUGAGAGCUGGAUGUUCGGUUUCUUCCGUCGAGGACAUAAGAGACCACUUGUGGAAGAAGACUUGUAUGAUGUUUUGCCGGAAGAGUCUGCAAGUGUGUUAGUGAGUAAACUCCAAAGGGAAUGGAAUAAAGAACUGGAAAAAAGUAAUUUCACAGGGAGGCCUCCGUCCCUCUGCUGGGCGUUAUUAAGAGCGUUUGGUGUGAAGUUCAUGUUAUAUGGUUUGCCCGCUUUCUUUCAGGAGGUCUUCUUGAAGAUGGCCCAGCCGGUGAUGUUGGCACGAUUGGUUCUUUACUUCUCCACGGACCUCGUAUCAACCACGGAGGCCUACUUGCAAGCCGCCGGUCUCUCCUUGUCUUCCCUAGGUCUUGCCGUCUUUCACCAUUGGUGUUUCUUCGGCUUCGCACGUAUGGGGAUGAGGCUCAGAACUGCUUGCUCGGCCCUUGUCUUCAGAAAGGCCCUGAAGCUCAGCAACAUUGCUCUCGGAGAGACCACAAUUGGUCAGCUGGUGAACAUCCUCUCCAAUGACGUCAACAGAUUCGAUAUGGCCUUUAACUUUGCACAUUAUUUGUGGAUAGCACCGUUCCAGCUGAUUGUGCUGUUCCUCCUAUGUUGGCGAGAGAUCGGAGUUUCCUGCCUGGCGGGGCUCUCCGUCUUGAUCUUGAUGGCGCCCUUGCAGUGUUACGCGGGGAAGCUGUUUUCUAAGUUGAGAUCCAAGACGGCCCUGUUGUCUGAUGCCAGACUCCGCAUCAUGAAUGAAGUGAUAUCAGGGAUGCGUGUCAUCAAGAUCUACGCCUGGGAACCAUCCUUUGGAAAACUAGUCGCUGAAAGCCGAAGCAAGGAGAUACACAAGAUACUGCACAGCUCCUAUUUACGCGCACUGAUCGACGGCCUGCUGUUCGAUUCUACCUUACUGACGACAUUUGUUACGUUCGUAGUCUACGCGUCGCUUGGCAACCCCGUGACGUCGUCUAAGGUAUUUGCGGUAGUCUCGUUGUUUUACGGCGCUCGACUCAGCCUGUCCUUAUUCUUCCCAUUGGGUGUGAUGAACGGGGCGGAGGGACUCGUCUCCAUCCACAGGAUUCAGAAAUUUCUACUUAUGGAAGAGCUUGAGAGAAACGCUGAUGAGGCCACUGUGGAUGUUACUGCCAAUGCUGGAUCGGAAAAGCCCGCAAUUCUCUUGGACGAGAUAAAAGCAAAUGGCGUCGUUGCUUUGAGGAAAGCUAAUGGUGAGAGCGCCGCGGAAGAUGUCACGGACGCCUCACAGCGCCUGGAAAAAGAAGCACGAACGAGCAGCGAAAACUAUCUGAUCCAAUCUGAGGGAGAUCAGGAGGUUGGAGAUUACGUUGGGCCUGCUGGGAUGGAGGAAGAUGACGAUCUUGACAAGCCCGAACCUUCCCUGAACACAGAAGACAAGAAAGGAAUUGUUGUGAAGAAUUUGUAUGGAUCUUGGAACAAGGUGUAUCUAACCCAUUCCACCUCAGAAGCUUUCCUCUCUCCCCCUUCAUAUCCUAUUACUCCAGCGAUAAGUAAUUGGUUUAUUUGGCACAACAUUUUUGCUGAUUUUCUCAACAUUUAGAU